AUGAGGAACUGGGGGUGUAGAUUAUGUGCUGCCUCGCUUCUGAGCGCAUUUUGGGCUUUGGGGAUCGAGGCAGCCGAUUUCAAAAGAUACGAUGGAGUUCAUAGGAUUGAGAAGGAAUCGCAAAUUACGCAAGCCGCAGGGCUUGGUCGACGAGCCGACGAACAAUGUGCCACGAGUAUGAAAUUGUGCCCAGCAAGUCUGAAUGGAGGUUGCUGUCCCGAGAAUUACGAUUGCGCCAAAGAAAGCUGUCAAGCGACAACAAAGGGUCCCUCAACAUGUGGAACAAAGAUUGGUUGGCAUGUUUGCGAUCCGGUCUACGGAGGUGGCUGCUGUCCGGAUGGAUAUUUGUGUGAAACUGCGGAUGGUUGUGUUCCGCCAUCUGGAUCACCGUAUACAUACGGAUGCCCGAGUAGCCAAUAUCUCUGCCCAUCGUCGUUAAGCUACGGAUGUUGUCCCAACGGCUUGGCUUGCGGCGUGAAUCAGUGUUACCCUUCUGACCCUGUAACCGUCACAAGCACUAUGAUGAUCAUAACGACAAUACAAGGAGAGCGAACAACUUACAGGACGACGGCCAUCGAAGUGAAAACACCAACGGUUCCUACAGCUCUUCCAACAGUCGACGCCGGUGACAAUAACGACCAAGCAGUUCUGAAGUACUUCCCUUCAACGAUACCUAAAGAGAGCCCGAUAUCGUCUUCUGAUAAGGAUAAUGACGAUAAGGGAGGCCUAUCAACCGGCGCACUAGCAGGUAUCAUUGCUGGUUCUGUGGCCUUUCUGAUUAUUGUCCUGGUAACAGCCUUUAUCAUUAUUCGCCAUCUGAAUAAGGUUGUGGCUGCAGUCAGCACCUCAAAGGUAUCGGACAGGUCCCGCGGAUCCAAUACUCAGUCGAGGCCUGCAAGAGAGUUUAAGACGGCGGACUCGGAGGUCGACGAACUGAGCGCCAAUCCCUUGAUCCAUCCAUCGUUAAUACCCCCACGGCCGAGAAACCCAGGACCUGAUUCAGCAGCAACAUCGCCAUUCGGUCCCGCAAGCACAGACUAUAGUUCAAAUGAACCUACACCUGGGGCAAACGGAUACCACGCAAUAUCGACAAGUGCCAAUACGAGUAGGCAUCCCAGCUUCGACGCGAUGGGCAAUCGUGACGACUAUUUCACAGCUGUGGCGGCAGGUGACCAGCAACGAGUCAGCCAGAUUUCUAGGUUCACACAUUCGACAAGGAACAGGUCGAGUACAGACUCGCACGGAACAUAUACUCAUGUGAGGAAUCACAGCAAUGCUUCUGAGGGGUCUGAUGGUACCCCUGGAGUGAUGGCGGGUUCUCAGCCCACAGCAGAGCUUGAGUCAACACCUUAUAUACCAGAGCUACCGAGCUCCCCAUCGUCGGUGGUGUUCCCACGAGACGAGAGACGGCGAUCAUCCGGUAGUAUUCCAAAUACCCAGAGUCGACCCCCAGUUGCUCAGCGGAAUCCUAGCGGCCCACGCAUACGGAGUGAUUCACUCGGUCAAAGCAAUCUCACCAGCGUUACUGAAGAGAUGCAUGGAUUCUAUGGGCCGAGUGAACAUCUCGUGGGCCAGACUGAUACACACCGGCCGGGAACGAGGGGCUCGCAUACCCAGCAGCAAAAUCCACCGAAGGAACACCCUGGUCCUGUGACUGAAGAACCAUAA